AUGAUAGGGCAAAGAAUUCGGCAUUAUGAAAAAGAUUCUCGAUUUAUCAAUUGCAAUAGGGCAGAUGAAAAGUUAUAUGAAAUGCACCUUGAUCUAAUGAAAGAAAUGGAAAUGGAACUCAAGACAGACAAUAAUCAUAAUAAUUUUAUAACUACGAUUAACAAUCCUGUUGGCAUUCAUUCCAAAGGUCAAAAACGAAAGAAUGCAAAUUUGGAUAUACUUAAGUUAAAAACAGGCAGCACAAUUCAGAAAAAUAUCAAUAGUGUUAAAAAUUCAGAUUUAAUAAGCAUAGUUGACAAAAAUUCAAUCAUCAAUAGGCUUCGUCAUUGUGGUGCUUGUGGACAAGCAGGUCAUAAUACUCAUACAU